GCCAUGGCACGCGCGCCGCGCUGCUGCACCGUGGACGGCGUGGUCGCCUUCAUUGGCGUCGUAAGCGCGCUGAUCCACGUGCUCGAGUUCUUCGCCUUCUGGUACCUGCUGGCCGCCUUCUUCAUCCUGACCGGGGACGCGCACCGGCCCGACGACCACUUCUGGGGGCUGCUGUACCCGGCGCUGCUGGUGCUGCACUCGGUGCUGCAGGCGGCCCUGUCCCUGCUGCUCGCCGCGGGCGCACUCAAGAGGCGCAAGGCGUACAUCCUGCCCUGGAUCGUCACCAGCAUCGUGGAGUGCGCGCUGCUCUUCAAGUGCAGCGUCUUCCUCGGCCUGCGAUCGGUGCCCGCCAGCGCGUGGAUCACCGCGACCACCGUGGCCUUCUCGAGCGUCCAGCUCUUCUACGUGUCUUGCGUGGUGCUCUACUUCCGGAGGCUCAAGAAGAUGGAACGCGAGAUCCAGCCGCCGGAGGUGUACAAGUGCCCGUGAUAUCCACAAUAGGAAUUGCGAAGCUGUACAUGGCUCGUUUCCAGCGGAUGAAUGUCCGUGGACCAAGAACCGUGGGCAGAUCCCGAAAAUAGUGCAAUACCAGGCCGGCCCGCGGCGGAGGUGAAGGAGGCUUCAAGAACGCCACCAACUUGCAAAAAUAUGUUUAAUAUCUUGGGUCCAAAUACAACCCGUAUCAGAUAUUAA